CCAGAACGGCGCGGCCAUGGCGGGCGCCGGCAGCGACAGCCGCUUCUCCGGCCUCUCGCUGGUGCAGCUGCACGAGCUGCUGGAGGACGAGGCGCAGCUGGCCGGCAUGGUGCAGGACAUGGAGGAGACGCAGAAUCUCCAGCUCAGCAAGGAGAUGACACUUGCCAGCAACCGCAGCCUGGCUGAGGGCAACCUGCUCUUCCUGCCCCGGCUGGAUGCGCUCAAGGCCCGCCUGACGCAGCGGUACCAGGAGCUGCAGGGCCUCUUCGAGACCUACCAGCUCAAGAAGACCAAGCUGGACAGGCAGUCGAGCAGCGCCUCCUUGGAAACCCUGUUAGCCCUUCUCCAGGCUGAAGGAGCCAAAAUCGAGGAGGAUACAGAGAACAUGGCCGAGAAGUUCCUGGAUGGGGAGCUGCCCCUGGACACCUUCAUCGAUACCUACCCAAGCCAGCGCAGGCUGGCACACACACGCAGGGUCAAGAUCGACAAGCUGCAGGAACUGGUGCUGAAGGGCCAGAGACUCGCCCCGGGCCCUGUGCCCCUCCGGCUGCCCGAGCCUGCCGCCCCGUUGCCUUACCCAGCCCCGGAGGCCGGCGGGGUCCCCUCAGCCCUGCCCCGGCGUCUGCCGCCCCCGCCGCCCCCCGUGCCAGCUGGCCGCCUGGCCAUGCCCUUCCCGGCCGCUGUGGGCUCACCCUGCCCUGGACUCCAGUGCCCGCCGCUGCCUCCCCGUGUGGGCCUGCCCCCUCCGCAGGGCUUCUCGGCGCAUCUCGUGUCUCCACACCCGCCCGCGCUGCCCCAGAGGCCCCCACCCCGGCCCGGCUUCAUUCUCUAGGUGCCCUCCAGGAGUCGGGCACCGCCAGGAUUGGGGGCCGGGGGAAGGUGUGGAGGUGGGUGUGCAGGCCCCACACACAGCCCGUCCUCACCCUUCAACAGACCCCAGGGUCCAGCCUGCAGCGGGGGCCCAGUGUGGAGCUGCUUCUGGGAAGGAGGGUGUCAGCCACCCGCCCACGAUCCCCCUCCCCAAGUAUCUGGAAGCCACAGCCACAGCAGGGUUCACACUCGCCGCAGAGCCCUGAACCUCACCAAGUUGUUUUCUUCUUUUAUAUCGGGGAAACCAUUUUUCGAUCCUCGUUUAGGACUAUUCAGGGAAACGGCAGGAAAUGCACAUUUGUCCCGAGCAGCUGGGGCGGUGGGUCCUCAGUGCUGCCUGCCCGUGCCUUAGCCUCCACUGGCACUGGGCCCGGGCGAGGCUACCAACCUCUGUCCUCACCGCGCCGUCUGCUCCUGGACUCGAAGCAGCUGUGUGGACGGCCCUGCCUUGCCACGCCAGGAGUGUGGAGCAAGGUGCCAUCCAGGUGCCACCCGCCCUGCCAUGGGGCCCCUGGGCCCAGCCAAACGGGUGCUUGGCGCCAGGCUGCCCCGUCUGCUCGGGGCCGUGUUGGAGCUGUUUGUAAAGCUGUAGGGCCUUUUGCAUAGAGAAUAAACAUGUUCUUGUAA